AGGCGCGGCAGCGCUGUGGCCCGCGGCCAGCGGCGCGUCCUUCCGCUCUCGCCGCCGCCGCCAUGCGCGUGGAGAAGUGCUACUUCUGCUCCGGGCCGGUGUACCCGGGUCACGGGCUGCUUUUCGUCCGCAAUGACUGCAAGGCGUUCCGGUUCUGCCGGUCCAAGUGCCACCGGAGCUUCCAGAAAAAGCGCAACCCGCGGAAGGUGCGCUGGACCAAGGCCUUCCGCCGGUCGGCGGGCAAGGAGCUGGCGGUGGACCGGUCCUUUGAGUUCGAGAAGCGGCGGAACGAGCCCCUGAAGUAUCAGCGGGAGCUGUGGAACCAGACCGUGGAAGCCAUGAAGAGAGUGGAAGAGAUCAAGCGAAGGCGGCAGGCCAAGUUCGUCUGGAACAGAUUAAAGAAGGGGAAAGAGUUACAGAAAGCACAAGAUAUCAAGGAAGUCAAACAAAACAUCCACCUCAUCCAGGCCCCCCAUGCAGGCAAAGCCAAGUUACUGGAGGAAAAGAUGAUCCCGGUGAUGCAGGACACAGUGUCCAUGGAAGAUUCUUGAAGCGUUGUGCUCUCUGGGUUAUGGCCUGUUUAAGCCCAUGACUAUUCUGGGGGGACAAAGGGCAUGUUGCUUAUAUUUUAUGAGCCUCUGUUUCAAGAAGAGCAUCUGUAAACCCAGUAUAGAGAUUAGAAAUAAAAUGGUGGA